AUGGCUGUUGUAAACAAUCCACGUGAAAUAACUACCAUACUUGACUGUAUUGAUUCUAUGGUAGAUGUGCUUCAAUACCUACAUGAAUCACGCAGACGACGCAGGACGUAUGUUCGCCCUGAGCAUGUCCCAUUUCUAGAGACGAGAUUCCGUGACUUUGACGAGUAUCUUUCGUCACAGACUCCGGAGUCAUUCCUAGAAUACACAAGGUUGUACCCGGGAGAGUUCGAGGUACUUUUUGAUCACCUCGGUGGCCGCCUUCACCAUGCUUCUACCCAUGUGGCACCGAUUGGAGCUAGACAACGACUGUGUAUAUUUCUCAGGUAA